CCCAGACACAUUGUGGGAUAUUAGUGAGACACUGCACCAGCAGGAGGAUUUGUAUUUUUUAGAAAUAUUCCGGCACUGAUCUUCCUCCACUGGAGUCUGCUGAUACUGAGAACAAACUCCGGAGAUGGCCGAACAAAUUCUGGGUUUCCUUGUACUUUAUAGCACCCUCCUGAUAGUUCUGCUCUCCAAGACCUGCCUGACCGUACACGGAUUUUCAAAGAAGCACGCCCGACCAGCUCCGACAGACGGGAAGGACAACAUCACCAUCUUCACCAGGAUCCUCGAUCGACUGUUGGAUGGGUAUGACAACAGGCUACGACCUGGCCUUGGAGAAAGUGUCACGGAAGUGAAAACGGACAUCUACGUGACAAGCUUUGGUCCAGUGUCUGACACAGACAUGGAGUACACUGUCGAUGUGUUUUUCCGACAAAGCUGGAGAGAUGAACGGCUCAAAUUUAAAGGACCAAUGCGCAUAUUGCCACUGAACAACCUCCUGGCCAGCAAGAUUUGGACUCCAGACACCUUCUUUCAUAAUGGGAAGAAGUCAGUGGCACAUAACAUGACCACUCCAAACAAGCUGCUGAGGCUGGUGGACAAUGGUACCUUGCUCUACACCAUGAGACUGACGAUAAAUGCAGAAUGUCCGAUGCACCUGGAGGACUUCCCCAUGGACGCACAUGCCUGCCCUUUGAAAUUUGGCAGCUACGCCUACACCAACUCAGAGGUGAUGUAUGUGUGGACGCACGGACAGGGCAACUCGGUAGUGGUGGCCGAGGACGGAUCCCGAUUGAAUCAGUACGAUCUGUUGGGGCAGACAGUGGGGACAGAGAUCAUCCGGUCAAACACAGGUGAAUACAUCGUCAUGACCACCCACUUCCACCUAAAGAGGAAGAUUGGUUAUUUUGUGAUUCAAACCUACCUGCCCUGCAUCAUGACUGUGAUACUCUCACAGGUCUCCUUCUGGCUGAACAGGGAGUCAGUCCCUGCACGUACCGUCUUUGGGGUCACCACAGUACUCACGAUGACCACGCUGAGCAUCAGCGCCAGAAACUCCUUACCCAAGGUUGCUUACGCGACUGCCAUGGACUGGUUCAUUGCUGUGUGCUACGCUUUUGUGUUCUCAGCACUGAUCGAGUUUGCUACUGUGAAUUACUUCACCAAGAGGAGCUGGCCUUGGGAUGGAAGGAAAGCCAUGGAAGCUCAGGAGUUGAAGAAGAGAGAGCCGGUAACUCUGGCCAAGAAAACCAACAACACGUACAAUAUCGUGGGGACAACUUACACCCUGAACAUCACCAAGGAUCCUGGGUUGGCCACCAUAGCAAAGAGUGCAGGGGCUCACGCCAAGCUGGGCAAGGUCGAGGAGAAGAUACUUGAGAGCAAGAAAACGUACAACAGCGUCAGCAAGGUUGACAAAAUGUCCCGGAUCAUCUUCCCUGUUCUCUUUGUAAUUUUCAACUUGGUUUAUUGGGCCACAUACGUCAACAGAGAGCCAAUAAUUAAAGGCAUGAUUCCCCAGAAAUAGACUCCACUCUCAGCUUGUUCUCAGGUGGUUUCUUUUUAAGUGUUUUCUAAAGAAAGCAGUGUGAUGUGUUUGAAAGAACGUGCCUGUUCAUUGUUUGACUUAAUGAAGUUGUAUUUAACUGUUUGCAUGCCACAUAAUUGGAGGUGUGUUCAUACGAGGCCGGGUACCUUGAUAAUUGGGAGGUUGUAUCUGCCACUUGUGUUUGCGUCUUCACUGGCUGAGGACAUCUCUCUCAGACUCACUCUCACAUUUGGUGCUGAUGGUAUCUGCCUCACGGUCCCACAGUCCCUCCCUCAUUCUUGCUUCUGCAAUCACCGACAGCAUCUCUCCCAGACUUGGUUCAUACACGAUCCCUCCGUCUGGCAUUGUUUGUGUCUCCUCCUUAUUUUCCACUGCACUUGAGAGUUCCCAUUCUCAUUACUGAAGGCACCUCCCUUGUGUAAGCAUUCACGCUCAAUGAUCUCACCCUCUCUGACCAUCUCCUUCCCAUUUGCUGAAAGUAUCUCCCUCACGGUCACUGACUGGUUCUGCCUCGCACUCACAGUGUCCAAAAACAUAGAGUCAUAAGCACGGAAGCAGGUCCUUCAGCUCACCCAGUCCUCACUGACCAUCAACCACUCAUUUACACUAAACCAACACCAAUCCCAUUUUCUUCUCCCCACAUUCCCAUCAACUCCCCCCAGAUCCUACCACACACCUAAACACCAGUGGUACCGUAAUCAAUUAACCCACCAAUCCACACACAUUUGGGAUGCAAGAGGAAACCGGAGCAGCCAGAGGAAACCCGUGCGGUCCCGGGGGGACUGUCUAAACUCCACACAGAGAACGCCCCAGGUCAGUAUGGAACCUGGGUCAAUGGAUCUUUGAGGCAGCGGCUCUACUAGCAGUGCCACUGUGCUGUCCUAAUGUAGACCAUGCAGCCCUUCAAGUAGUACCAGUAAUAAAUAAGAUCAUGGCAGUUCAUACAACAGUACAUCCCCUUCCUCUGAUUCUAAAAACCUAUCAGUCUCAAUGUGUAUAUACUCCAUAGCUGAGCAUCUGUACCCUCUGAGCUGGAGAAUUCCAAAACCUUACAUAAAGAAAUGUUGAUGCAUUUCAUUCCCAAAUAGCCAAACACUUAUCCUGAGACAUUGCUUACUACUGCCAGACAUUUUGACCUCCUGCAUUCUCCAAAUAAGCUCAAUGCAAGCAUCUGACACGGCUCCUUACUCUCUACAGCACUCAACAUUCAAUUCAAUAGUUGAAGAUGAUCUGUCACUCUUGUGUUUCUCACUUCCAGCACUCAGGUUUCAUCUGUCAUGUUUACACCUUCCCCACUCUCCCUCAGCCACCAGCAGCCAGCACUUGUGUUACUCACUGUCUUCUGGUCUCCACCCCUGUCGCAGACCUCUUUUUUUCAUUCUUCCUGCCCCUCCUCCCUUUCCCUGCAAUAUCUAGCUUUUCCCAGUUCUAAUAACAGGUUAUUGACCUGAAACAUUGACUCUGUCUCUCUCCUCUGAGGCUCUCUGACCCACUGAGCAUCUCAGUUUUUGUUUUUUUUUUCGAUUUUGGAUUCCCAGCAUCUCUAACAUUUUGCUUUCAGGAGCAUUUUCUUGUCAUUGUCUAAAAAUUAUUAUUUUUCACUGAACUUCACAGCAAAAUGCAUAACCUCUCAUUUUCCCACCAUACUCUUUCACUCUCUUGCGUAACCUGCCUAUAUCACUUUGCAUGUUCCUGACAGCUCAAGUUCUGCCCAAGCUUUAUAUCAUCAGCAAACUCAAAUGAAGAGUCUGUGCAACCUCUCCAAGUCAAAAUCUCUGAUGAACCAAGGGCCCUGUACUGAUCUCUGUGACAUGUCACCAGUAACUGUCUCCCAACCUGCCAGGUGCUCUGACAUCUGACCUCCAGCUCACCUCCACAGUUAACCAUACGUCUCACAAGUCUGGAACUAAGCUCAAGUACAGACUGCAAAUAGCCUGCAGAUCCCUAUGGGAGCGUAGGCUACAGGUAAGCUAAAUUUGGGUCAUUAAUCACUUUAAGAUCCUCAGUUGUUCCUCUCCACUCCUGUCCCAUUUACUGAGUGUUUUGCUGUGAUUAGAGAAAAUGUUUAAUGUCUUGGCCGUUUCUACAUUUUACAUAUUCCCUAUAUAUCUGUGUUUAUAAGUCUUCUAUUUUUUUUGUCGUUUGUUACUGCUUUCUAAACUUUCCUAAUUCUUAGGUUUACCACCCUUUUUGUCAAUGUCUUCUAAUCUCAGCUCUUGAUGGAUCACUUUUCUUGUAUUUUAUGGAAUGUGUAUUUACUGAGAACUUUGAAAUAUUUCUUUAGGUUUUUGCCAUUGUUUCUCAACUGGCGAACCUUUUACUCUAAUUUCUCAAUCCACCUUAACCAAUGCACCCCUUCAUACCAAUAAAAUUGGGUUAAUUCUCACGAAUUUCCACCUGACCUGUGUCUCCCUGAAACUGCAUACAUAAUGGCUGCAGUUAUAAAUUCCUUCCUGUGAGAGUAAUGAUUAACACGGUCUCAUUACACAAAAAAAGUCCAAAACUGAUUAUUCCCUAGUCAACGUCAUUACAAAUUGUUCCAGAAAACAAUCCCAGGUGGGGUCUAUGAAUUAUCCUCAAACUUUUUUUUUUGCUAAUUUUAUUUGCCUAUUCUGUAGAAAAUCCCCCAAUGUUUAUUAUAUUUCCUUUGCUGGAAGGUUUUCUUAUUCAUUGAUCAAUUUUCUUUCCAGUUGUUAGGGGACCUGUAAACACCCCAACUGGGGUCUUAUCCCAUAUUUUCUCUUAUCUCCACCCAUACCGAUUCCACUGGCCAUGAUUGCUCUUCACUACUGCCCUUGUGUUAUCCUUUGUAAUUAAUGCCACUCCAGUGAUGUUGGUCUUUCCUCAAAAUUUGGUUACUGGAAUAUUUAAUUCACAACCUUGGUCACCAUGCAACUGUGUCUCUGGAAUAGUUACUGGAUCAAUCCCCUUUGUUCCUAUUUAUGCCAUUAGGAACUCAUUGGUCUGUUUGUCUCAGUACUACCUUGGUUGUCAUGCUUACUGACCAAGUCAUGGGAGAGAUGGGGUUUCUCCUUUUGCAAAAAAUAUUUCACUGAUAUUAAAAAAAAUCUUUUGAAUUGUCAUCAGCUGCCCAGCAUCAUUAUUGCCCAUGCUAUAUCGUGAGCAUGAUAAACUGGAUGAGGAUUUUUUAUUGGAUUAACAGGAUUAACAGGGUUAACUUGGCAUUAUUGAGCGUAUUAUUGAUAAGAUAACCAGCCUGUUUGACACACACCUCACCAUUUCAGUAAAUCCCUAGCCUUUCAUCUAUCACAGAACAGGUAGGUUGGGUUAUUAACAAUUAUUUGCUUUUCAAAUUUGUUAAGGUAGUUCAGGACAAAUGUAAGAGUUUUCUUUCUUUCAUUACAAAGGACCAAAAGAACACAAAUACAGGUCGAUAUGGUUGGGAAAGGAGGCUGAAGAAUGCAGGUGCAGUGCUUUUUAGUGCUGAGAGAUUGCAAGCAUGCGGCAUCUCAGUGCUGCAAGAAUGCAUUUGCAUUGCACCUUCGAGCUGCUGUGGUGUAGGGCCAUAUUCUCUCUGUUGCAAGAAUACGAGGCAGGUGGUUUGACACUCACUGUGUAACCAUGUUGUAUCGUAUCUGAAGACUGAAUCAAAAUCCUCUGUUGCCUUUGCAUGGGUGAGUAAAGACCACCCACCCCAAACCCUCAAUCAUUCAGCAGGUCCCAUGAUGUCAGUUGGACUUUGGUUGCAUUAUAACUCAAUGGGCUGACAGGACUGGGGUUGUCUAGAAAAAGGAAGAGGGCAGAAUUCCACUGAAUUUUUAGAUCUGCCUUGCCUUGGAUUGAUCCCCUUGCCCGCACCUCCUUUGGGUUGGUGGGGACCACAGACAAGGUGCCAGCUUCCUCCCUACGCAGCCAGACAUUCAGUGCAAAUCUGAAGCUCCUUUUGAUGGGGUUCAGAUGGAAAGUUUAAAACUGAGUUUUCUUCAGGAAAGGUGCUAGUCAGCUAUGACCUAACUGAACAGUGGACAAGCUCGAGAACAUCCUCCUGUUCCAACCCUCUGACAAUCAACAUCCUUCACUACUGAGCAGCCUGAGGCACAUGCCCAUGAGGCUGAGCAGCAGAAUGGGUGAAACAUGACAGGCACUGAGCAGCAAUAGAGGGCACCUGUUCGAAAGAGCAGAGUAGUGACAUAGAAUGGGGCAAUUCAGAAAGAAAGCUGAGAGGGUCUCUGAACUUCCCCAAACCAUCCUCAUUGUCCCCUCCACAACACCCUUUGUACUUAAACCCAUUCCAGACACCUGUACUGCCAACUCCAUAGGAAACAGGAGCAGGGGAAGGCCGAUCAGUACCUCGAACCUGUCCUCCAUUCAGUAAGGUCAUAGCUGAUCCCCUCUUAGCCUCAACUCCACUUUCCCCCUCUCUCCCCAAUCCCCUUGACUCCCUUGCACUUUAAAUGUCUGUUAGUCUCAACACUGAAUAUAUUCAGUGACUCUUCCUCCAGAGAUCUGUGGAGUAGGGAACUGUAAAAGUUCACACCCUCUAAGGGAAGAAAUUCCUCCUCAUCUCCAUCUUAAAUGGGCAACCCUUUAUCCUGAAACUAUGCCCCCUAGUUCUGGAUAACCCCACUGGGGGAAUCCUCCUCUUUAGCACCUGCCCAGUCCAUCCCUCUCAGAAUCUUAUCUUCUAGUAAGAUCCCGUCUCAUUCUUCUAAACUCCAAUGAGUAUUGUCCCAAUCUGUUCGUCCUGACUUCAUCCUGUCAGUAUCCCAGGAACUGAUCUUGUAAAAUUUCUCUGCACUGCCUCCAACAUAAGUAUAUUCUUCACUAAAUAUGAGGACCAAAGCUAUGUGCAGAACAUCAUGUGUGGUCUCACCAACGCCCUGUAAAAUUACAGCAAUGGUUCCCUACUCCAUCCCCCUUGCACUACAGCCCAGCAUUCCAAGAACCUUCCAUAUGACCUGCUGCACCUGCAUCCCAGCCCCUUGUAUGUCAUGCACUGGGGCCCCAGAUCCCUUUUCACCACAACAUUUUGUAGCCUCACUCCAUUUAAAUAAUACUUUUUUUUUCAGUUUUCCCUCCAAAAUGGAUAACCUCUCAUAUUCCCACAUUAUGCUCCAUCUGCCAAGUACUUGCACACUCACUGAACCGCUCCAUAUCCCCUUGCAGACUCUCAUUCUUAUAUUCAAACCCAUUCCCUACCACGCACACCUGCAGCUGCCUGUACUUCAACCCCUUCCUUACCACCCUUAACCCAAUUCUCUGCGUAAAUGUGACGCCAUCUGUAAUUUACUAUGGUUAGUAAAGUCAGACUUCGAAUAUGAUGGAGGAGGGAGAAUCUGACCUUGGGUUAGCCAAAAUAAGUCUCACCUUUGUUGACUGUAGAAUAUUACAAGAAAGAACAAGGACACACAGCCCAUCACCACCCCUGAUUAUUUAUCCGAAGAGCAAUUCAUUUAGUCCCAUUUCCCUUUCUUUCCAUUCAUUGCUGAUCUUUUUCUCCAUCCUACCUACUAGUUUAGAAAGCUAGCACUGAAUCUGUUUUCAUUCUCAGGCAAUGUAUCCCAAAUCUUAUGGACACCAUCAUGCUCAAUUAAAAAUGAUUCUUUCUUCCAAUUAAAACUUCAGCAGGUAUUGGAGACUAUUUUCCCUUCUUUCUUUGACUAGACUGUUCAUGGUUUUAAACAUCUGCAUCAAAUCUCACCUUAGACCUCUCUGCUCUGAGGGAGAACAGCUCAAGUUUCCCAAAUCUCUUUAUAAAAAUAUAAGCCUCAAAAUCAUUCUAGUAAAUUUCUUCUGUACACCCAGAAUUAGUCACAAUAUUCCAAAUGGAGAAGAACAGUGAUUUUAGCCAGAUUUACCACAAUCUUCUGGCCUUUUUACCUUGUAUUUCUGUUGUAAACUUCAAGACCCUGUAGCUUUACCUACUACUUUGUAACUUGUCCCAACUAUGUUCAGACAAUUGUAUAAAUCAUCCCCAGGUGUCUUGCACCCUAUUUAACAAUGCUCCAUUCAGCUUCUUGUUCAUUCCACCAGAAUAUUGCACCUUGUACUUUACUGCACUGAACUUCAUCUGUCACAUAUCUGCUUUCUUGGAGUCUGUUAUCAUCUCCCUCUAUGAUGGUCCUACCUGAAUAGUGACUGUGGCUUCAACUUUCCUGAGCCAGAUUCCUCCUCAAUUUCCUUUAAUCAACCCUCCUCCCAUUAGGUAUUUUUACACUGAUAGGACCUUGGGCUACUGGAAACCUUGCAAUGCAAUGAUCACCAUGUUAAGAUGCUAUUCACACUGCGACUUCUCCAUUACCCUGGCCCAAGUCCAUCAACGGCCAGGUAACCAACUGAACCCAAAAGUUCUCCUGACCACAUUUCAGACAUCUUGAAUGAGUUAUUGUUCUAUCUUUUUUCCUGUAAUAUACACCAAUAAUAGUCUGUAUGGUUCUUCACUCCAGUAAUUCUACCUUUAACUCUUUCAUUCCAUUCCCUCCUCCUAGCACACCUUUCCUGAAAUAAAACUCCUAUCCUUAUUUUUUUUCCCUUUCUGCCUUGUCUGGAUACCUUGGUCCCAAAGACAUUAAGGAUCUAAUCAUCCCCUUUCAUGACCCAGGUCUCAGACAUAUUCUCUGUCCACAUGAAUAUUUGAGCCUGCACUUAAUCAGCUUUCUUCAUCACAAUGUAAAUGAAGUCCAAAGCUGACUUAGACCUCUUGAGUAUUUACUCUGAUUUCACCUGAUUGCAUAUUAUUUCUGACUUUCUUAUCUCCCAUUCCUUGGUUCAAUUUGUUCCUACAUUUCAAUACCAAGUUUCUACCAAAUGAGUUUAAACUUGACUCCAUAGCACUAGUUAAUCUGCAUGUUGUCCUGAACUACCUCCAUUCUUCACUAGUUAUUGUCUUGGUAUUAAUGCUACACUCUCUAUUGUGCAUCUAUGUAAUUGGGCUUAUUCUCAAUUGCCUUUGUCUCAAUUAAUAAAAAGUACUUUAAAUAACUCCAAUGCAUCAGGUAAUGCUCUCUCACACUGUUUCAGACUAACAUCUGUACAUGACAACUGUGAGAUAUCCAGCAUCAGUUCGACCUCAUGGAUAUAUAUAUAAUAUUGGAAAUGCUGUAAUUUGACCUAUGCUCAUGUUAUACAAUGUACUUAAUGAUUAAAAUGCUGGAAUGCAA